GGCUAGAAGCCUUAGCCAUGAGCCUGAGCAGAUGCUGGUACUGCCAGCCAAUCACAGCCCUUCAGCCAAUCAGCCGAGCUGGGUGGAUGACAUCAUGGGCUAGGGAACAGUGAACAGCCAGUGAAGCAUCCAGCCUGCCGAACAAGCUUUGCUUUUAGGGUCAGGAACUGGUCUGACAAGAGAAUGGCAGUCCUGCCUUUAAACCGUCACUAAGGACUGUACGGCUGACGAUGAAUCCAGCGGGACUCCAGCUCCAAAGGCGAGACGCUGAGCAGGAGAAUGUGAAGACAUAUUUCAGGAUCUUGUGAGUGCUACUAAAGAUGUCUGAUAGUGUCGAUAUUGAAGAGAAGCCACCAGCCCCCCCCUUGAGAAUGAACAGUAGUUCCCGAGACUCUUCAUCAGUGAAUCACGCAUCUAAACCACUUCCAAUGGCUCCUGAGGAAAAAAACAAGAAAGCUCGCCUGCGCUCCAUCUUCCCCGGAGGAGACAAAACGAACAAAAAGAAGGAAAAAGAACGUCCAGAGAUAUCCUUACCCUCAGACUUUGAACACACAAUCCAUGUCGGCUUUGACGCUGUUACAGGAGAAUUUACAGGAAUCCCAGAGCAGUGGGCACGGCUUCUACAGACCUCAAACAUCACCAAGCUGGAGCAGAAGAAGAAUCCACAAGCUGUGAUCGACGUGCUGAAGUUCUACGACUCCAAAGAGACCGUCAACAACCAGAAGUACAUGAGCUUCACCUCAGGAGACAAGACAGCGCAUGGAUACAUUGCAGCAAACACUCUGAACCGACUGCUGUCUUCUGGGCCUCCUGUCAGCCUUAGAACCUGCAGCGCAUUAUUUGACAAGGGUGCCAAAACGUCAACAACAGAACCCCCGAUUGCUCCACCCGUUUCAGAAGAGGAGGACGAGGAGGAGGAGGAAGAGGAGGAAGAAGAUGAAGACGAGGACGACGAUGACGAGCUGCCCCCGGUCAUCGCCCCUCGACCUGAGCACACUAAAUCUAUCUACACGCGCUCCGUCAUGGACCCUCCAAAGCCCCCCGCCCCGGUCAAAGAAGAGUCAACUCCUCCAGAGUCGCAGGUUCAGCCUGACAACACCUCCAACACGAUGUACCGCCACACCGACCGGCAGAGGAAGAAGUCCAAGAUGACAGAUGAGGAGAUCCUGGAAAGACUCAGGAGUAUUGUCAGCGUGGGGGAUCCCAAAAAGAAGUACACACGCUUUGAGAAAAUAGGACAAGGAGCGUCUGGCACUGUCUACACCGCCAUCGACAUAGCAACUGGUCAAGAGGUGGCCAUCAAGCAGAUGAACCUGCAGCAACAACCCAAGAAGGAGCUGAUCAUCAACGAGAUCUUGGUGAUGAGGGAAAACAAAAACUCCAACAUAGUGAACUACCUGGACAGCUACCUGGUAGGAGACGAGCUGUGGGUGGUGAUGGAGUAUUUGGCUGGAGGCUCGCUGACGGAUGUUGUGACUGAGACCUGUAUGGAUGAGGGCCAGAUCGCCGCCGUCUGCAGAGAGUGUCUCCAAGCUUUGGACUUUCUACACUCCAACCAGGUUAUCCACAGAGACAUAAAAAGUGACAACAUCCUCUUGGGGAUGGAUGGAUCCGUGAAGCUCACCGACUUUGGUUUCUGCGCCCAGAUCACUCCGGAGCAGAACAAGCGCAGCACGAUGGUGGGAACACCAUACUGGAUGGCACCGGAGGUGGUGACCCGGAAGGCUUACGGACCAAAGGUGGACAUCUGGUCUCUGGGAAUCAUGGCGAUAGAAAUGGUGGAGGGAGAGCCACCUUAUCUGAACGAGAAUCCACUCAGGGCACUUUACCUGAUAGCAACCAAUGGUACUCCAGAGCUGCAGAACCCUGAAAGGCUCUCAUCGGUGUUUAGAGACUUCCUCAACCGCUGUCUGGAGAUGGAUGUGGACCGCAGAGGCUCUGCCAAGGAGCUGCUGCAGCAUUCCUUCCUCAAGCUGGCGAAGCCUCUUUCCAGCCUGACGCCUCUGAUUGUAGCUGCUAAGGAAGCCAUAAAGAACAGCAGUCGCUGAGGGUGGGGCUCCCUGUACAAGCCAAAGGCCGGAGCGCUGCCGCUGAUGCGUUGCUUUCAUGACAGCAGGGGUUUGGGUGAACGGGGCGGGUUUGUGUGACUGACAGUGACAGCACAAGGGCAUGAGACCCUCCCCCAGCCGCCACCGCUCGUCCUCCAGGCCUCGUCUGUGGGACGGACAUCUGGCUUUGCAGCCUCUCGGCCGCGCUGCUGAAAAAACAGACCUUGCCUCCUUGUUUACUUCUCCAGCACUGUACAUGUAGAGCAGUCUAUCACAAGUAUGUCAGAUGUGCGCGUGGGCGUGGGUGUGUGUUGUGUGUGCGUUCGUACGUGCGUGUGUGUGUAAACUAACCGUGCACUUCUGUUCACAUCCUGUCUUGUUUUGGGACAAAUCGCUCCCUAAACAGCAAAGGAAAAAUAGUUUAGAUAAAAGUGAGAAGGAAAGGUGCUUAUUCUCAAGAGUAAAAAUAAAAAAAAACUACUGCAGCAGUGAAACGGGGAACCAAAGAUUUCUUCCCCAUCCCGGGUUAGGAUUGGCUUCCUUCCCUCUCGGUUUGGACCCGACGUCAGCCUGCACGACCGUGGUUCUGUGAAGAAGCACCGCUAACCCUCUGCAGAUCGCCUCCUCUGCUGUGUUUUGUGUGUUGGUGUGUGAGUGAAUGAACGUAGGAAUGCAACUACCGGAAGAGGAAAACAAAUUCAGAAAGGAUUUCUUCGUGACUCAUGAAAGCUUUAAAUACCUUUUCCAAAAUCCAUUUUUGCAGUUCUUACAUAUGAUUUGUGCUCAACCUCUGUUUUCCAAUUCAUUUUUAUUUUUGUUUUAAUCACUGGACAUAAAUUCAGUUUCAUUUUUUAAAUUUGGUUUAUUUUAAAUUACGUUUUGAAUAUGUGAAGUCUUCAUUAUUUAUAAUAGAAUUUUUUAAACAUUCUGACACAAAGUAUCAUUUGAAACAUUAUUACACCUAAUUUUUUAGCAUUGGUGUUUUUUUAGGUUUUUUUUUUUCCAUACGGUGCGAUGCAAUAAGCCUUUCCACAUUUUGUCAUGUUGCAAACAUCAGCUUAGUGUAUUGAUUUUGGACUUUAUGAUGCAUAAUUGUGAAGUUGAAGGAAAAUGAUCAGUAGUUUGCAGGUACAAGGUGCCAUUCAGCAGAUUUACUUCCGGCAUUGUCCUGUUUUUAGCUCCAUGUCUCUAAAAUGGUUAUAAAAUGACAAAAUAUGAAAACAGAUUCAGUAAGAUUCUGAUAUGGUUUGGAUGAAUUCAAUCUAAAGUCCAUACUUCUCAUCUGUCCUUAAACCGUGAGCAAAAGAUGAAAUCCAGUAGAAAUAUGUCUCAUUUACAAAACAACAAAAUGACACGUCUUUUCAUUGCAAUCUUAAUUUUCCUUCUGAAUGUUGGUGUUAGAGGAAGACUGGUCAGGUGAAAAACUUCACGUCCUUCUGACUUAAAAUCUAAGUUGCUCCUCGUCCGAGCUCUAGUUUUUAUCGAAUGUGUCUUGUAUUUUGACUUAUUUCUCAUAAGGUCGUUACAUUUAGUUCAAAUAUGUGACAGAUUUGAGAGAGGUGAGAGAAUGGCACUCCUAAGUAAGGAGUGCCGUUCUUAUGAUUGUACCCAUUCCUCUCAUGCCUGGUUUGGAGUUUAAACUCAUUACAGUACAAAGUUUAUCCGUCCGUGGUUGCAUUCACUAGCUUCCUCCGGCAUUCCUCCACGUACAAUGCCGUGAGGAACUCGCAUGAACUCAUCCUCGACGUGAGUGUUGUGUUAAUAUCAGGCUUUGAAACGAGUCCACUGUUCUUGCUUCACACUUUUUAUAGCCACCAACAAGCUGCUGCCAUAACUCUGGCUGAAUAAUUGAUCACUUCGCUAAGCAGAACUGAAAGAGUUAAUUUAAAACACAAACUCAGACACAAGUCUGUUAUUUUCUAAUUGGGAGCAUGUUUUUAAAACCAGGGACUUUGGGGUUGUGUCUCCUAAAGCUUAAUGUUAAUCAGUUUUAUUUGUUCCAAACCCAUUUUGGUGUUCAAAUGGCAUCCUCUCAGUCCGUGUUCAUGUAAAACUGGCAUAGAGAGUUCAGUGACACCAGCUGAUUUACCUGAGCCUUGUUCCAACAGCACAAAGGUCCCAAAUACACAUAAAACUGGUUUUGAAAUAAAUAAAACAGGCUAACAUAAACUUCCUGCAAUGUUUCUGAUAGGGACCUUGUGGAAAUUUGCUAGGGCUGAGCAAUAAAUCAAUUACAAUAUAUGUGGUGAUAGACACUUGAUCAAUACGUCAGAUGAAAUGUUGAUAAUUUCACUGAACUCUGUUCCAGACCCGCACAGCAUUCUGGGAGAUGUGGGCAAAUGAAAGGCUUUAGCCUCUCAUCCUCUCAGGACCAGCUAAACAAAAUUUGUGGCUAACUCGCUGCUCUUUGGUUGCCUAGCAACAACCUGUUGAGUAAGAUACGCUGCAGCUGUUUCAGGUUUAGCCUGAAGGUCACAUCAACAGUUUGGCAGAUAUUUAAAACAAAAAAACAAAACAAAUAAUUAUCGAUAUCAACUGACAUGAGAAUGUCUUAUGGUAUUAAGAUUUUUAAUCACAUCGUCAAACCUUAGGCCAUAUUUUGAAAACCAGAUCUAUGACAGGACAUGAGUUCUGUCAGAACCUUGUUAGUGGCUACAGAAAAAAAAUGCAGUGAAUAAACGACCAAAGCAAACGACGUUCCUACCGAUGAUGAGUGGAUGCACAUUUCUUACCGGCAUUGUAGCUCCCCUGUGCGUGUGUAUGUGGGUCUGUUUGUGUGAUGAUGAUGAUGAUGAUGAUGAUGAUGAUGAUGGGGGUGGGGGGGCUGCCUCAAUCUGCACUAAAAGAUGCCUCACUCCUGUUUUCCACCUUACCUUUGAGGUGCAGGGUAGCUGCUCAGAAACAUCGUACCUCCUCUGUACAGAAGAUGCAGGAGAGGCGACAGACCUGAAGACGCAGCAGAUUCCAUGCAUGUGAAAACAAACUGUGCACUGUUAUCUCCUGAAACACACAGGCUGGGAUUGUUAUGGUGUGUAUGUAUGUAAAUAUGGCAGGUCCUCUCCCCCUGCCCUCCAUGUCUGUUUUUUUUGUUUUGUUUUUUUUUUUUUCCCCAGACCUGUGUAACUUAAGCUGAUAAUAAUUCAGGUGACUCGUAUGGUACCGAUAAAUGUCCUGCACCCUGGGAAUUGGAAAAAAAAAAAACAAUAACCAAAAAACCAGAGAAAGUCCAACUCACACACCGUCUCUGCACACUCCCGGAUCCGCCUCUCUCUGAUUUUUUAUUUUUUUAUUUUUUUUUUGGGGGAGUCUCUAUAGCAGACAGUUCUUCAUCUGUGGAGCGAGCCGCUGAUCCCCGCUCUCUGUGUGCAGGCCCACACAGUCAGUCCAGGCCGAGCGCGGCUGUGCUCCUCUUCCUCCUCUGUGUCGCUGCGUGUGGCCCAUCGGAAAGCCUCCCUGCGACGUUUUGGCCUUUCUAACCCUUGUACAGGUCUGAACAAUGAGCACAAAGGUGAACUUCGGGACAGGAGACACCACUGACGUGCCCACCCACACCCACAUCCCAUCCUUCCCACUUUUCUGUGGUUGCUCCUGUACAUUCCUAUCUUCUGAAUGUGUAAACCUGUACACGUGGUGUGAAAAAUUCCUCUAUUAAUGUGUAUCAAGAGAAUGGAACAAAGACAAAAAAUGUUACUUUUUAAAUUAUUAUCUUUAUUAUUAUUAUUAUUAUUAUUACUCUUAUUACUGUCUAGCUUUGUAAAACUGCUGAUCUAUCCGGCGUACCUUGGCAGACCUUUCCCUGUCUUUGAAAAAAAAAAAAGGAAAAAAAAGGACAAGCAAGAAUCGAGGGAGAGAAAUGAGGUUUUGGAUAAACUAUUUUUAACUGUGGUUGAAGCAAUAGACAUUUUGAACUUUGAAUCGUGCAUGGCUGUGUCUUGAGUGUAAAAAUACAAAAUAUUGCAGUUUGGGAACUGGACUGAAAAUAAAAAGAGGAGGAAAAACAA